UUCCAGGAGGAGGGGAAAGAAGUUGUGUGGGACAAGCCACUCUUGACAGAAGGUGACAGGCUGGGGGUCAAGGGCUUGGGGUCCUGGCCUAGGCUAGGGGAGGACACUGCCCAAGGCAGGGUGGCUCCAGGGAAUGAGCUGGCCUAAGGAGAUGAGUGGACACCAUGGGAUGCUACAGCUGAGCCUGUCCAAGAUGGGACUGUGGCUCAUGGCAGCCUCACCAUGGCUUCUCCUGCUGCUGGUUGGGGCCUCCUGGCUCCUGGUCCAAGUCCUGGUCUGGACCUACACCUCCUAUGACAAUGCUCGCCGCCUCCGAGGUUUCCCGCAGCCUCCAAAACGGAACUGGUUCUUGGGUCACCUGGGCCUGAUUCAGAGCUCAGAGGAGGGUCUCCUGUAUACACAGGACCUGGCCAGCACCUAUGGGGAUGUGUGCUGCUGGUGGGUGGGACCCUGGCAUGCAGUCAUCCGCAUCUUCCACCCCACCUGCAUCAAGCCUGUGCUCUUUGCUCCAGCUGCCAUUGCACCCAAGGCCUCAGUCUUCUAUGACUUUCUGAAGCCCUGGCUGGGAGAUGGGCUCCUGCUGAGUGCUGGUGACAAGUGGAGCAGCCACCGUCGCAUGCUGACACCUGCCUUCCACUUCAACAUCCUGAAGCUCUAUAUGAAAAAUUUCAAUGACAGCGUGAAUGUCAUGCAUGCCAAGUGGCAGCACCUGGUCACAGAGGGCCACAACCGUCUGGACAUGUUUGAACACAUCAGCCUCAUGACCCUAGACAGUCUACUGAAAUGUGUCUUCAGUUUUCACAGCAAUUGCCAGGAGAAGCCCAGUCAAUAUAUUGCUGCCAUCGUGGAGCUCAGUGCUCUUGUGGCAAAACGGCACCAGCAGAUCUUCCUGCACCUGGACUUCCUGUACUACCUCACCCCUGAUGGGUGGCGCUUCCAUAAGGCCUGCCGCCUAGUUCACGACUUCACAGAUGCCGUCAUCCAGGAGCGGCGCAACACCCUUCCCACAGAAGGCAUUGAUGACUUCCUCAAGGCCAAGGAUAAGGCUAAAACUUUGGACUUCAUUGAUGUGCUCCUGCUGACCAAGGAUGAAGAUGGGAAGAGAUUGUCAGAUGAAGAUAUCCGAGCUGAAGCUGACACUAUCAUGUUUGGGGGCCAUGACACCACAGCCAGUGGCCUCUCCUGGGUCCUGUACAACUUGGCAAAGCACCCAGAAUACCAGGAGUGCUGCCGGCAGGAGGUGCAUGAGCUCCUGAGGGACCGUGAGCCUAAAGAGAUUGAAUGGGACGAUCUGGCACAGUUGCCCUUCCUGACCAUGUGCAUCAAGGAGAGUCUGCGGUUGCAUCCUCCCGUCACUGUCAUCUCCCGUCGCUGUACCCAGGACAUUGUGCUCCCAGAUGGCCGGAUCAUCCCCAAAGGUGUUAUCUGCCUCAUCAGUAUUUUUGGGACCCACCACAAUCCAUCAGUGUGGCCAGAUCCUGAGGUCUAUGAUCCCUUCCGCUUCGACCCAGAAAACAUCAAGGGGAGAUCACCUCUGGCUUUUAUCCCCUUCUCAGCAGGGCCCAGGAACUGCAUUGGGCAGACGUUCGCCAUGACUGAGAUGAAGGUGGUCCUGGCACUCACGCUGCUGCAUUUCCGUGUCCUGCCAGACAAGGAGGAGCCACGCAGGAAACCAGAGCUGAUCCUGCGGGCGGAGGGUGGACUUUGGCUGCAACUAGAGCCACUGAGCGCUGGCCAGCAAUGACCUACCACCUCCUGGCCGGGGAUCCAUCCUGACCCUACACACCUCACUUAGCAGAAUCCUAAGAAUAAAAUUGUGCUGCCCCCCUGCCUGAACCCAAAGACAACCAGUGGGGGGCGCUUUGGCCAGGCAGAUGGAUGUAGCUGUGAAUGUGGAGGACUGUGACAGAGGGGGAAUGUAGCUGGAGCUCCAUCUUGGAUCAGGAGGAGAAGACCACUCUUUAGGGAAGGUGGAUCAGAGAGCUAGAUGCACUCAAGGUCAGGUGACCCUGGCUCCACCACUCCUUGCCACUGUGUUAUCAAGGUCCCCAUCCCAGUCUGCCAUUUACUAGCUGUUUCACUUGGAGAAAAUCUUUUAUGUCUCUAAGCUUCAGUUCCAUGCUAUUCUUCUGCUGUUGCUGAGAUUGAAAAAGCAAGCACAUGUAAAAUCACUGACUCAACAUCUGGUAAGCAUCAGUACUCAAUAGAGGUGAAUUUCCUCCCUUCCUUUUUUUUUCUUUCUUUUUGCCUUUUCUAGGGCCACUCCUGUGGCAUAUGGAGAUUCCCAGGCUAGGGGUCUAAUCGGAGCUGUAGCCACCGUCCUAUGUCAGAGCCACAGCAACGUGAGAUCCAAGCCGCACCUGCAAACUACACCACAGCUCACAGCAAUGCCGGAUCCUCAACCCAGUGAGCAAGGCCAGGGAUUGAACCCACAACCUCAUGGUUCCUAAUCAGAUUCAUUAACCACUGAGCCAUGAUGGGAACUCCAUGCUUUUUCAAACUCUUAAUGUUUUAAAUACCUCAAAGUUAUGUAUAAGUUUCGGGAAAUGUAGAAACCUGCUAUUGAAAAAAACUCUCUUUAGAAGAUUUAGUAAAUUCAAAAUCUCCAUAGUUAUAUCUGUUAUGUAGUUCCAAGGGGCUUUGAUGUGAAGAUGGCCUGAAGCUAGAAACUGAAACAAAAUUUUUCCCUCAGAGAGGCAUGAGCCAGUACUUCAUUUUCAUCUAGGUGUCCUAGGCAAUGGGCAUCAAGCGGGUCUACAAUAGUGAGAGGAAUAGUGAGAGGGCAGGAGUGGGGCUGCUCCUUCAGAACCUAGGACAGUGGCUGCCCCAAGCCUUGCCCCAUUCAGUGCAUAGGGUGUCCUGUAUAGAGUCCUAGUCUCAGAACCUUUGAGGGGCCCAGAAGUUGGGGGCCAGAGGACUUACUGGGUACUAAAUAAGAAAGAAAUCCUGUGACAUGAAAUGAGUAAUGAAUAAUAUAUUCUAGCUGAAAAUCACAUUUGUUUUUCUUCACCUUAUUUAAAAUGUUUUUCACUUUCUAUUUUGUUUCAUUUAUCAUUCCUCCAAAUGCCACCUUGCCAUGGAAGAAAAUGCAUGUAACAAAAAGAAAUAAAAAUCAUAUCCAUAACCCAAACAUGUCAAACUAAUCACCAUUCAUAUUCUUUCACACACGCUGCCAAAUUUUGUUUAUAUGUAAUUAUAAAACAAGUAGAAAUGUGAAUUUACGUCUAAAUAUAUUACUUUUAUAUGUAAUCCCCUUUUAAAAAUGCUAUUUUGCUGACUAACAAGCACCUGAAAAGAUUCUAACAUCAUUAGUCAUUAUGGAAAUGCAAAUCAAUGCCACAGUGUGAUACUACUUCACACCCACUAGGAUGGAAAGGAUAUAAGAAAUGGAAACUAACAAGUGUUUGAAGAUGUAGGGUAAUUGGAAUCUUCACAUGUUACUUCUGGAAAUAUAUAUAAAUGGUGCAGCCACUGUGGAAAAUAGCCUGCUAUUUCCUCAGUAAAUGAAACCUCAGAUUACCUUAUAACCUAGACAUCUCUCACCUAUGUACGUGCCCCAAAGAAUUGAAAAUAGGUGUUCAAGCAAAAAUCUGUAUACAACUGUUUAUAGUGGCACAAUACACAUUUUGCCAAAAGUUGGAUCUUUGGGAAACAAUCCAAAUAUCCAUUAACAGAUGGAUGUAAAAUAGAGCUUGGUAUAUUCAUAACAAGAAAAACCACUGGGCCAUAUAAAGAAAUAAAGCACUGUUACAUCUUACAAUGUGAAUGAAUGUUGAAAACGUUGUGUUAAGUGAAAGGAGCCAGGCACAAAAUGUCACAUAUUGUAUGAUUCCAUUUAAAUGAAAUAGAUAAACCUAUAGAGAAUAGAUCCAGAAACUGGAGGAUAGAGGGGGAAAUAGAAAGUGACUGCUCAUAGGUAUGAGGUUUUCUUUUCAGGUGAUGAAAAUAUCUUGGAAGUAGAUAGAGCUAGUGGUUGCAAAACAUUGUGAAUGUGCUAGAUGCAUAGAAUUGAACACUUUAUAAUAGUCCAAAUUGUGAAUUUUAUGUUAUGUGAGUUGUACCUCAACCCCCCAAAUGCUAUUGUAUCAUAUAUUUGUCUUGUUACUCUGGGUUUUCCUAUAAUGCUAUAUUGUGAACAUUUUUCCACAACAUAAAAUCAUCAUCUUGGGGGACUUUCAAAUCUUUAAGUGCUAAGCAUUCCAGGCAUUCUAUUUUUUUCAAUUAUGUUUGAAAAUAAUUACAUUGUCUCACUUGGAAGAAUUUUCUUUAUGCACUUUGGUUGUUUGAGACAUCACUACCAAUUAUAAAUGGAAUUAUUCUUUUU